AUGCAAUCAAGGAUCAGCACCUUCUUCAAACCCUCUUCUUCUUCUAUUCCACCCAAACCUGCCGACCCACCUCCCAUUUCCGACACCGAUGACGACGAACUGAGCAUAUGGGAAGAGAAGCAACACCAACAGCUCUCCACCUACAAGCGAAGAACUCCAAACCCACAAAGUUGGGAUAAGCAAUUGGCAAACACACCCAUUUCAGUUGUCGGCUCUCCGAAGCCGGAAUCCAAUGUACCGGGAAUGACAGUGGUCAAGAACAAGAAGAGAAGCUAUGCGCAGUACCACUUAGACUUGGGGCAGUCUGAUUUUCUUCUCAAGACUUGUGCCGAGUGCGGGGUCAUGUAUGUGACUGGAGAUGAGGGGGAUGAGAAGGCUCACAAGGGAUUUCACAAUGACUAUACUCGCGGAAUUCAAUUCAAGGGUUGGAGCAAUGAGAGGAUUGUGCAAGAGCCUACAGUUGGAGGAGGUCGGAUACUAAUGGUGUUGGAUGGUGAUCCUCCUGCUCAGAGGAACAAGGUUGAGAAAGUUGUGACCAUGAUGGAGAUUGAGCUUGGCAGUGGGUGGAUUCUGCCCAAGUUAUUUAAGGUGUAUCUGUUUAUCUUGUCCGCAAGAAUCGUAGGCUGCCUGGUUACUGAACCUAUAACAAAGGCACACAAAGUUCUGUCAUGUGCAGUUGAUGGAAGAUCAAGUUCUACUAGUGUAACGACAAAUAGAACAAAGUUAACUUCUCUCCAGUUUGGGGAAAUCAAAUUUCACAGGGAAUUCAUAAGAAAAGCUCCUUCUGCUCCUGAACCGUUGAAUGAGUACUUCACUGGUGCUAUCAUUUGUGAAAACGAAGUAGUACCUGCUGUCUGCGGCAUUAGAGCCAUUUGGGUUACUCCAGCGAACAGAAGGAAACGCAUAGCCACCCAGUUAUUGGAUGCCCUGAGGAAAAGUUUCUGCACGGGACUUGUCCUUGAGCACUCUCAGUUGGCAUUCUCUCAACUAGCAUCGGCUGGAAACGCAUUGGUAUCAAAUUACAUUGGCGGUGAACAAUUUUUGGUGUACAACGCCAACAAUGUGGCCUCAUGAAACGUAGAAAUGGUUGUAGUGAUUGUAGUCUGCGCUGAACAGUAUUGCCUGAAGAUCUACCCACAGUCAGAUGCUACUAAAUAUUGUAAUCAAAAUUCCUUCAGACAUACACAUUUGUUAAAUGGUUACUGUUGAAUGAAAAGAAGUCCUGCUCUCCAAGUUUGCA